AGCAGCAGCAACCACCACGUAGCGGGCGGUCGGUCGAUGGGGCUGCCGCCGCCGCUGCCAUCAGCAGCAGCAGCAAAAGCAGCAAAAGCCAAGGCCGCAGCAACAUGGCCAGGGACUUCCCCGAGUCCGCCGAGGCGGCCGAGUGGCGGCAGCUGCUCGCGGGCGUGAGCAUCGGGUUCGGGUCCUUCGCCACGAUUGCGUUCCUGAUGCGCGUCUUCGCCUCGCGGAUGGUGUCGGCCAAGGUGCGCCUCGACGACGUGCUGAUGGGCUGCGCGGUGCUGCUCAUGUGGGGGGACGUGGCGGCCGUGUUGUUGAAGGCCUUCAACGGCGUGGGCGUCGCCGCACAAGACUUGCCGCACUACCGGCAGAUACGAUUCAACAUUGGCUCGUGGCUCGUGACAAAGUUCUGGGCCACGUCGCAGGCAUGCGUCAAGCUGUCCAUCAUCAUCUUCAUCCGGCGCGUGCUGGGCCUGACGCGGCCCGUCGUCCUCGCCCUCAAGGUCGUCUUCGCGAGCGUCGUCGUCUGGGGCAUCUUCGCCGUCCUCUACACCACCUUCAUGUGCCGCCCCGUCUCCUUCUACUGGGACCGCACCAUCCCCGGCGGCUCGUGCAUCCCCAACGAGCAGUACGAGAGCCUCAACAUCUUUAGCGCCAUCGUCGCCGCCGUCGCCGACAUCACCAUCCUCAUCAUCCCCACGCCUACCAUAUGGAGGCUCCGCAUCCGCCGCAAGCAAAAGAUUGCCGUCCAGGUGGUCUUGUGCGUGGGCCUCAUUGUUUGUAUAUUCAGCGCUCUGCGUGUCGUCCAGUUCUUUACCUUUAAUACGAACCAUCUAUCGAGCAAGUACUCCCCUCUUUACUCUGUAUUUGCCCACCACCUCUCCGACUGGCAGCUGACGUUCUGUUCCCCCCUUCCCCUCAUCAGCCUCGACCGCGGGCCAGAGCCUGUGGACCAUCCUCGAGAACGAGCUCUCCAUCCUCUGCGGCUGCAUGCCCCAGAUGGCGCCCCUUUUCCGCCGGGUGCUUCGCAGCGGGCCCGCCCCAUCGGGCGCCUCGGCGGCCAGCGGCGCCGGCGCCGGCAACGGCUACUCGGCCGCGUACGACUCGUCGGCCACCACGCCGGGCGGCGCCGGUAAGAAGAGCGUCAUCCAGACGACGGUCAAGGGGCUGCACCACGGCCGCGGCGAGGCGUCGCGCCCGAACCACCACCACCACCACAACCGCGCCAUGGUCGACGACGACCUGGAGAGGGCGAGCGACUCGUCCGAGAUGGAGCUCAACAGCAUCGCCGUGCGCACGGCCAUCGACCAGGAAGUGUCGGCUGGCGGGGGUCACGAGGAGUCCUUGUCCCAUCAUUCGGGGUCGACGGUGGCUCGCAUGUAAUCUUGUACUGGAAGGGUAUUGCUCGAGGGACGGUGGGGUGAGAAAGCCUCGUUACGUGGGGGGGGGAACAGAUACCGGACGGGCGUUGAUUUAUAUGAGGGCACGACUUGCUCUGUUUAUUACUACACAGUCGAUUUUGUGUGCGUGUAUGAAAGAGGCGCCAGAAGGGCGAGUGGAAUAUGAGCGGUUAGUGUUGUGGUAUGGGGUGGAGCGCUGUAAGCAUUUUCGUGGGACGUUGUAGAGAAGAUUCGAACCAGAAUUCAUUUUCGUCUUGAUACCCG